GGCGCUGCGACGCUUUUACUACGCAGUGCGGAGGAGGACCCAGAUACAGUAUUGACGUUAUUAUCCAGACUGUACUCAGGAGAUAUUUGUCAGCACAGCUGCAGGGAACCAUUACAGCAAAUAAUGGGAAGGAGUAUACGUGGUUCUUCUCACGCUGAAAGUCUGGCUGUCUCCACCGAACACCGACUUUUGCUUUUUAGCCUUGCUUUCAGCAGCAGGAGGGACUAGAUUUCGGGGCAGCUAGCAAAAGCAGUACAUGCUAGCUUUAGCUUAGCUUGCUAGCCCAACUGCUGUUUUAUUGUGGCGCACAACGAACCUCCCAGCUAGCAUCCGACGUAGAGAAAGACAACAUGGUGUACCUGUUAAAUCCUAUAGAGAACCUGAGGAGCUACAUCAACACCCGUCCACCGCUGGUCAUCUUUAUGAUCAGCGUCAGUGCGGUGGCCAUCGGCUUCCUCACCAUCGGAUAUUUCUUCAAGAUUAAAGAGAUCAAGUCUCCAGAGUUGACGGAGGACUGGAACACCUUCCUGCUGCGCUUCAACGAGCUGGACUUCUGUGUGUCGGAAAACGAGACGAUAAAGCACGGCCUGAACGAGUCCACCACCCCCGACAGCCUGGUGGUGACCAGCGGCCAGGCCCGGUCCAGUACCCAGGUGCCCCAGCUGCUGGAGGACUCGGGACCCAUCAACAUCUCCGUCCCCAUCACCCUCACUCUGGACCCCCAGCGCCCGUUUGGAGGGUACUCCCGAAACAUCACCCACCUGUACGCCACAGUGCUGGGCCAGCAGGUCGGCCUUUCUGGUCGGGAAGCCCACGAGGAGAUAAACAUCACGUUCACGCUGCCGGUCUCCUGGAGCUCAGACGAGUGUGUGCUGCACGGACACUGUGAGCAGGUGGUGUUCAGCACGUGCAUGACCAUCACUGCAGCCAGCAACAUCUUCCCCGUCACAGUGCAGCCGCCUCACUGCGUCCCGGAGACGUUCACCAACGCCACCUCCUGGUACAAAGUGUUCACUACGGUCCGCGACUCGGACACCAAGUACAGCCAGGACUACAACCCCUUCUGGUGCUACAAGGGAGCCGUGGGGAAGCUGUACCACGCGCUCAACCCAAAGCUCACCGUCAUCGUGCCGGACGAUGACCGCUCCCUCAUCAACCUGCACCUGAUGCACACCAGCUACUUCCUGUUUGUCAUGGUCAUCACUAUGUUCUGUUACGCGGUGAUUAAAGGGCGGCCGGGCAAAGUGCGGCAGAGCAGCGCCGACAUGUGCCCAGAGAAGGUACAGCACACAGCUGCAGUGCUAUGUGACGAGAACAGGUGGCGCUCUCAGAGGGUUAAAAAGACAACAGAGAGCUAUUUCAGAACUUACCUGUAACACGGACAAAGAAACAGAAGACAUACAUAAACAUACCAGUUGCCUAGUGAACCCUGGAGAUCCUAUUAGGGACACAACAGCUCUGUGAAUGCAUUACUCUUGCAAUGUUGGGUUUUUCCAACCAAAGAUAUACAAGUGCCUGUAUCUGUCGUGUAAAUAUUUGUAGGAUCUCUGAUAUUCUGUGCAAAACCUUUUUUCUUUUACUAUUAUUAAGUCCCCUUGUGCCAUGUCAGAAACAUGCAGUAAGAAAGCAGAACGCCACACACCAUACGCCAUUUUUAUAGCCCUUAUUUCCCAAGCAAGAUAGAAAAUAAAUCAGCAUUUAUCACAGAUUUCAGAUUUGUUUUUCGCUGUAAAUGUUUGGAUGCUUCAAAAACAUGAUAUUUAGUCACUUGAAAUACUUAAAAGUGCGCUAAACUUAAUUGAAAAGAUAAUUAAUGGAGGAGGAGAUGCUUGUGACACAUUGAUAAUUACAUCUCAAGUGUUCAGCUUCAACAAGAAAUUUAGCAUAAGAGUGCAUACAGUCAGUUCAAAAGAACCAAUUAGUUUACUUUAUUGAACUCUAAACCUGUGUGUCUGCUACGUCAAUACAGCUACGUCAAUACAAGUGGAUUUAAGUAUUUCAAUGCAACACUUAAAGUACAGUUAAUGAGUCCCAUUCUCCCAGUUUAGUCCAUUUUAAAGGCAGUCAAUGAGCUCUGGCACUUCCUGUGGUCUGUGUUGUGAAACUGUUUUGGAGACAAGUAGAUAUUGUCUCUUAAAGUAUGAUUUUCUGCCUUUUUCUUCCUCUCCUCUGUGGCUUCAUCGCUCACCUGCCUCUUGUCUUUCAUUUGCCGUCUGGAUUUGAUGUUAAACAAAGUCUCGGAUACAUUUUCUCGCCUUACCCGCAGCGGAGUUUCUUUGUUUGAAAACACUCUCCGGCUUUCUUCCUCCUCUCUUUGCUUCUUCCUCCAGUUCGAUGAGCCUGUGGGUGGAAAUCAGACUUGUGAUUAUUGUCGUUUUAAAUGUCAAAUCAAUCUUGAGUUAUUCUACGUUAUGAUGGAGUUACUGGUGCUUUUAUUUUUAAGCAAAUCAUCAUUCAUUGUUCAUGAUUUCUUGCACAUUUUGCGCCACUUGUUUUUUGUCCAAGGUCACAUGUAAACAGUCGGAUAUUGAACUAUAUAAACCUUGUUUGAGUUCAGUUUGAUUAUAUAUUAGAAUAUAAUUACAUUUGUGUAACUAUGAUAAUAUAUUUAUGAUUAAAUAAAAAAUUCGCUAUGGGGUGUGAAUGAGUGGAAGUGAGUUUGGGAAAUGUUAAGAUAGAUAAAGGCGGAUUUAGAUUGUGAUCUGGUAUUAAAAAAAACUUUAAAGUGUAAUAUUAUUAUUGUUUUAAGUGUAAAUUUACCCCCUUUUUUUAUUUCCAGCUAAAAUAUUGUUGUUAAAUUGACUUUAGCGUUAAGGAUUCAAUUAAUUUACUUACAUUUAUUCUAUUUUUAAGAGUGUUAGUGACUUUAACAAUCAUUAUUCUAAUAAUAACGUUAGAUUUGCAACAAAAACACACUAUUUAUCAGUAAGAAGCACUUUAAACUGCUGUGUGGACACAAAUAUUAAUCCCUUACUUCCUAAAGUCAAAAAGUAAAUCCAGAUCAUUUGAAAUCGUCUAAAUCCGCCUUUAAUAUUGGUUUUGUAUGAUUUUUCUUCUAUAUCAAUGACUGAUUCUUGUUACUUACCUCUGUUAUCACUUUGUUCCAUAAUUGGUACCUGUUGAAUGUACUUUUUUAUAAUCUAAAUCUAAGAUGCAACAAUUCCAAGUGAUUUAAAAGCAAUUAUUUGUAUUUGAUUUCAGUUUAUAAGGCUUUACUUGAAUUGUGUUUUCAAUUUCUUUGUGGCAGAAAUUAAUCUCUUGUCACAUGUUAUCGACACUUUGUACAUUUACUGUUUGAUCUUUAUUCAGAAUGAGUGUGGUUUUUUUUUCCAUAUCGAUUGAUGCUAGCACAAGUCUUCCUUAAUCCUGAUGAUAUUUUGAGUCUCCCGUUUCCAUGGUUUUUUUGGGAAGAUCUGGCAGCUUAUUGGACGUUCGGAAAAUGUGUGUGUGAUGAGAAAAUGAAGAAUGCCAUAUUAUUGCCAAACCAUCACAACUAAUAUUGCUUCCUAUCCUUUUUGUUUAGACUUGCAUCUCAAUAAUUGCUAAAAUGCCUUAACAUUGUAAAGUUUAAUUUAAGUUUCACAUAUUGUAAAACACACCAGCUUUACGGGAAAUAAAUCCAAACACACGCUU